AUGGAAAAUCAGAUAAGCCAACUUGCUCAACAAGUGGGUCAAUCUUCAAAGGUUCCGGGUCACUUUCCUGGUAACACCGAGCAACCACCUAAGGGUCAAAUUAAUGUUGUAACUUUGAGGAAUGGUAGAGAGCUAGAAGACCUUCCACCGAAGGUAAUUCAAAAGAAAGUAGUUGCAGUAGAGGAAAAGAUGGUUGAAGCUGAGAAGAUGAUAGAAGAAGAGAAAACUGAAGAGAAGAAAGAGCCCAUUGUCAUUAAACCUUACAAGCCACCUGUACCUUUCCUACAACGAUUGACACAGGCAAAGCUAGAAAAAAAGUAUGGGAAAUUCCUAGACAUUCUAAAGAAGUUGCAGAUCAACAUCCCAUUCUUGGAUGCAAUCUCAGAGAUGCCCUCCUAUGCUAAAUUCCCGAAAGACAUGCUCUCUAACAAGAGGAAAAUCGAAGAGAAUGCAACGGUCUCACUGACAGCUAAAUGCAGUGCUAUAUUGCAAAACAAGCUUCUAAAGAAGCUAGGAGAUCUAGGGAGCUACUCCAUUCCAGUCAAGCUAGGUGACAUCGAAAUAAAGAAGGCUUUAUGUGAUCUAGGGGCAAGUGUCAGUCUUAUGCCCCUAUCAAUUUACAAGAAACUUCAGAUAGGUGAAUUAAAACCCACGCGCAUCUCCCUACAAUUGGCAGAAAGAUCGGUGAAAUUUCCUUUAGGUAUUCUUGAGGAUGUGCCAUUUAGAGUUGGAAAAUUCUUCAUCCCUUGUGAUUUUAUAGUUAUGGAGAUGGAAGAAGAUGCGCAAGUCCCUAUCAUUCUAGGAAAACCCUUCUUGGCCACUGUUGGGGCCACUGUUGACAUGAAGAAUGGGAAAAUCACCUUUGAAGUGGGUAAUGAGAAGGUGGAGUAUUCACUCACAAGUUCUAUGGAUUCUCCUUCUAAAGAGGAAAAAAUUUAUAGUGUGGAUGCUCUAGAUGAAUUAGUGGAAGCUAAGGCCACAGAUUUACAACUCGAUGUUUCAUUGCAGAUGAUCUUAAUGGGGAGUGCAGAUAAAGAGGAUUAG